GUUGCUGGAGGAAAAGCCUGGAGUUGCCACUGAGCAGACUUGUUUCCUGUGGAGGCAAAGGGACAGGGAAGGAAGGGAGACCAUGGGGCGAUUCGUCUUUGUCAGCCUGGGCUUGCUGGUCGUGGCCUUCUCCCUAAAUGGAGCCAAAGGCUGUUGUUGUCCCCCUGAUUGGCUCCCCGAGAAUGGGUUUUGCUACAAGGUCUUCAAUGAACACAAGAACUGGAGCGAUGCCGAGACCUUCUGCAGGAAACACAAGCCAGGCUGCCACCUCACCUCCAUCCAUGGCAGUGAAGAGUCAACUGAGUUGGCCGAAUACGUCUCCGACUAUCUCAAAAGUGAUGGAAAUGUCUGGAUUGGACUGAAUGACCCACAGAAAAAACGCAGUUGGCAGUGGACAGACAGAUCCAGAAACAGCUACCUGCCAUGGAAGCAAGGAGAGCCUAACAACAGUGGGAACAAUGAAUAUUGUGUUGAACUUUGGAAAGACUCAGGUUAUAAGAACUGGAACGACGAGAAUUGUGCGUCCACACGUGCGUAUCUCUGCAAGUGCAGAUUCUAGUGCAGCUCCUCCUUCUCCUGCUCUGGAGUGGCAGAAGCGCCUGGUGAAGCCUGGAGAAUCAAGGAAGCCUUCCCGGAAUCUCUGCUCUGCGUCCUUUCGCUUAAUGGUUCAUUUCUGUAGCUUGGAUCUGAUUUUGCUCAUCCUGAUGGGCCAAAUAAAGUUCAAAUAAAUUCAGU